ACGUCCGGACCUCUCUUCCCGGCAUGCAUUGCUCAGGAUCAAGCAAUUCGGGCGCCAAGCGCGGGGCCGGAGCGGCCUUCCCGGAGUCCUUUGCGCGGCACCUGGCGACAAAAUGGCUGCCCGAGGGAGACGGGCGGAGCCUCCGGGUCGGGAGGCGCCAGGCCCCGCGUGGGCCUCAGCACCGCUAAGGGCGGGCCCGGCUCCUGUAACCGUUGCAGUCUUCUGUCCCUUCACCCAGGUGGGCAAACGCAGAGGCGGGAACAAACUAGCCCUCAAGACGGGAAUAGUAGCCAAGAAGCAGAAGACGGAGGAUGAGGUAUUAACAAGUAAAGGUGAUGCGUGGGCCAAGUACAUGGCAGAAGUGAAAAAGUACAAAGCCCACCAGUGCGGCGAUGAUGAUAAAACUCGGCCCCUGGUGAAAUGACCCCCUCCCUGCCUGCCCAUGGCCUGGGACUCUCUGCGAUGUACAUAACUAUUUAAUGCAGCGGCAGCGGCGGCAGCCUUCCCCUUGAGGACUUGAACGCAAAAGGAAACCGAGACGCUUCCCGCAGCCGCGGACGAUUCUCCAGGACUCUUUUUUUACCUUGAGCACUUGUCUCAUGAGACUUCAUAGAACAGUGGUUUACUGUCCCCUCUCUUCCCACCUUGCUCUCUCUGGCUUUGUCUUCCUCUCCUCACCCUCCUCUUUCUCCCCUUAGCCAUCACUUCUGGGAAGUAAAGAACUUGACUUAGUGCCGGA